AUUGCAUAAUCACCAUUCUCACUGAAUCAUCAGCAUUAUCUAGUGUAAAAAAUGUAGUAUUUAUAAUUCGAAAAAUGGGUAUUCCAUCUAUCAAUCUAUUAAUCAUUUACUGAUCGAAGGUGGCCUAUACUUCCUAUGAGUCGGCUAUUGAAAAGACACUUCACCAGCUCAGCGCCUUCGCCUUUUCUUAAUGGAAAAAAAUAAAAAACAUGAAAGUCACCCCCUAUUUUCGGAAAUUGAAAAGCUUGUUAUAGAAGGUGAUGAUGUUAAGUGGAGAGAGACUGCCAGAUGGAUGAAAUUUGAAGAAGACGUUGAAGAAGGUAAUAGGUGGUCUAAACCUUAUGUUGCAACCCUUUCUUUGCAAUCACUCUUUGAAUUGAGACGGCUCAUAACUACGGAAAGCGUUAUAUUCGAUAUGGAGGCAUCUUCCAUGGAGCAGAUUGCAGAUUUAGUUUUGGAGAAUAUGGAUAAUGAUAACAGAUUAUCUGUGGAGCAGAAGAAAAAAGUGAGAGAGACUUUGUUGAAGGAACACAGACAUCAGCAUCAGCAAGGGUUGCCACUCAAGAAAUCCCUCAAAAACAAAAAAAGUUCUAGACACCAAGAAGAUGAUGGUUAUUCUACGAAAAAAGAGAAAAACAACCAAAGAAAAUAUAAGAGCAAUAUGUCAUUCAUGCGGAAAAUUCCUUCAGGAGCGGAGGCGACAAAUAUUUUAGUGGGGGAGGUGAAUUUUCUUGACAAACCGAUGUCAGCUUUCAUCAGACUCAAUACAGGAGUCAUACUUGACAAUCUCACAGAGGUACCUUUACCAACAAGAUUUUUGUUCAUACUCAUCGGACCAUAUUCUCCAACUGCAGGGUAUAAUGAAAUUGGCCGUGCAAUGGCAACUCUCAUGUCGGACGAUAUCUUCAGCGAAGUGGCAUAUGGUGCGCAUAAAAAAGAUCAUCUAAUAAUGGGACUGGAUGAAUUUUUGAGUUCAGUCAUUGUGCUUCCACCUGGAGAAUGGGAUUCUGCAAUUCGAAUCGAACCACCAGCAGACAUUCCUUCUCAAGAAUUUCGAAAACGACCUCCAGAGGAUUAUAAUAUAAUUAUCGACGAGGUGGAAGAAAAAGAAAAACUUAGGGAGGAAACUGGUCUGGCAAGAACAGGGAUUCUCUUUGGAGGUUUGAAAAAUGACUUGAAACGGAAAGCUCCAUGGUAUUGGUCCGACUUCAAAGAUGCUUUAGCCCUGCAAUCGAUAGCUUCGUGGAUAUUCCUCUAUUUUGCUUGCCUUUCGCCAAUCAUCACUUUCGGUGGAUUACUUUCUGAAGCAACUGAACGGCAUAUGGCCGCUAUGGAAUCACUUGUAGCUGGGUGCAUCUGCGGUAUUCUUUAUGGUUUCUUCUCCGGACAACCGCUGUCUGUUUUAGGAUGCACGGGUCCAGUUUUGGUCUUCGAAAUCAUCGUCUACGAUUUCUGCCAGACUAUGGAUUGGGACUAUUUAUCCUUCAGGUUUUGGAUUGGUACCUGGAUUGCCGUAAUUCUUCUAUUUUUGGUUGCUAUCGAUGCUAGCGCUUUCGUGUGCUACAUAACAAAAUUUACAGAAGAGAACUUCGCCACAUUGGUUGCCUUAAUAUUCAUUUACAAG